UCUGGAACGCUCAGACGCCGCGCGCGGCGGAGUUGGUCUGUGCGCUUGUCCUUCGGCUCCUCGCAGUCAGCGGCCGCCGCUCGCGGGACACCUGCUCUCUCCGCCGGGCGCGCGGCGCGGGGAUUCUCUGCCGCGCUCCCUCCCGCCUCCCGGCCUCGCAAAGCCCUGAAGGGCUGGGUCGGCCCUGCUCCGACCCCCGACGGACCCCGCGUCGCCUCGCGCCGCUGAGCCGUCGCAGGGCGAGAUGAGCACGGACGCGGCGGACGGGGCGCCCCUGCCCCGGCUCUGCUGCCUGGAGAAGGGUCCGAACGGCUACGGCUUCCACCUGCACGGGGAGAAGGGCAAGGCGGGCCAGUUCAUCCGGCUGGUGGAGCCCGGCUCGCCGGCGGAGAAGGCGGGGCUGCUGGCCGGGGACCGGCUGGUGGAGGUGAACGGCGAGAACGUGGAGAACGAGACCCACCAGCAGGUGGUGAGCCGCAUCCGCGCCGCGCUCAACGCCGUGCGCCUGCUGGUGGUCGACCCCGAGACGGACGAGCAGCUGCAGAAGCUGGGCGUCCAGGUCCGGGAGGAGCUGCUGCGCGCCCAGGAUGGGCCCGCGCAGGCCGAGUCCCCGGCCGACGCCGAGGCGCAGGGGGCUGGCGACGAAAAUGAGCCGCGCGAGGCCGAGAAGAGCCACCCCGAGCGGCCUGAGCUGCGGCCCCGGCUCUGUACCAUGAAGAAGGGCGCCAACGGCUACGGGUUCAACCUGCACAGCGACAAGUCCAAGCCGGGCCAGUUCAUCCGGGCAGUGGACCCAGACUCGCCGGCCGAGGCCUCGGGGCUCCGGGCCCAGGACCGCAUUGUGGAGGUGAAUGGGGUCUGCAUGGAAGGCAAGCAGCAUGGGGAUGUGGUGUCCGCCAUCAGGGCUGGUGGGGAGGAGACCAAGCUGCUGGUGGUAGACAAGGAGACCGAUGAGUUCUUCAAGAAAUGCAAAGUGACGCCAUCCGAGGAGCACCUGACCGGUCCCUUGCCUGAGCCCAUUACCAAUGGGGAGAUGCAGAAGGAGAACAGUAGUGAAGCCCUGGCCAAGGAGACUUCUGAGAGCCCCAAACCAACCCUGGCAAGAUCUGCAUCCAGUGAUACCAGUGAGGAGCUGAAUUCCCAGGACAGCCCCAAGAAACAGGACUCCACAGCCUGCUCCUCCUCCUCUGACCCCAUCUUGGACUUCAACAUCUCCCUGGCUGUGGCCAAAGAGAGAGCACAUCAGAAACGUAGCAGCAAACGGGCCCCGCAGAUGGACUGGAGCAAGAAAAAUGAACUCUUCAGCAACCUCUGAGUGCCUCUGGAAGGGCUGAGCUAGCAUCCCACCCCAGUGUCUCUCCCUUUUCUUCUUCCCCACUCACCCCUGAAUCGACAUACCAAUCAGCACCAGCAUCCCCCUUCUUGGCAAAUCUGAUUUUCUUAGAGAACGAUCUUCUUCCCUUACUUUAGGGAAGAUGACUUUGUGUCCUGCCCCAAUCAAAAAGCAGGCUCUGGUCCUUACUCCUCACUGAGGGCUUCAUUCCCCAGGUGCCACCUUGACCCCCCUACCUGGGACAUCACUGGGACCUGCACAAGCAAGGAUUGUGGGCCCAGACCAGAGGACACUUUCACUCCCCUCAAGUGAUGGCUGGGUCUCUGGCUGCAGCCACCACAGCUCUGGGUGGCCAGGCCACCAACCUCAGAGCUGGGACUCCGGCAUUUAUUUUUGUUUUUUGUUUUUUUUUCCAAGAGUGCAGAAUCACAAGAGUAGAGAGAUUUUUGUUUCCUUGAUUAACAUGAUUUUUCCUGGUGGUUGUAUCCAGGGCAUAGCUGUGGCCUCAGCCUUAAGCAUUUUUGUUUCCAUUCCCACCCUCUGGAGACCCAGGUAGUUUGGGGAGGGUCUGGCGGUACCACCUGCCCAGGCCGGAGCCAAGCACCCACCAUUGUAAAGAACUACCCUGAGGAAUUCAACUGGUUCUUCCAAACCGC